CUUAACUUGAUUUUGUAUCUUAUAAGAUACACUAGAUUAUAAUAAAUUAAUUUCUGUCAAAUUACAAUAUUUUUUAUAUCUGAAGGUUGGUCACGCUUAUUUAGACAUCUGAUAAGCAUAAAAUAAUUUUUUGGAGGGAAAAUGUAUACAGUGCUGAGUGAUAAGAUCAUUUGAUUUCAGUCAUAUCACAAAUAAACAACAUGUGAAAAAUUUUGUAUUUUCAUUUUCAUUUUUUUUUAAGUUCUGUGCUCAGAAGGAGUUAUAUUAUAGCAAUAUUAGUUAAGGUAAGUCUAAAGAUCAUUAUUAUACAAACUAUAUUUGUUUUCAUGCAGUAUUUAAAGUUUCCCAACGCAUUAUACUUAAUGUAUCCCUGAAGAUACAAAUUAUUAAUUCCCUUAUUGUUGUAUUGUAUCUCACAAGAUACAAAUUCAUUAUUUCAGUAGUUAUAUUUUAUAAACCAAAACAUCAUAAUGUAUGUAGGUAUCAAAUGUAGUACAUAAUAAUUAAAAGUACUACAGAUAUAUAUUUUUUUUUUUUGAAUGUUGAAUAAUGAAUAUCACUUAUUUAUAAAUUUCAGAUAUUUUUAUUAACUAAAAACAUGUUUUCAAGAAGUAAAAAGAUGUUAGCGCUUAUAAAUCCUCCAUUAGAUAGUGGGUCUAGUGAGGAAGAUGAUGAACUUGAAGUUGAUCCUUUAGAAAUUGAUCAUCUCUUAGAGAUUUUAGAUGAGGAUUUAGUUGAUGAAGAGUAUAAUAAAAUGUUGAAUGAAGAAUUUGAAAGAGACUUUGAAACAGUAGGUGAGGAUUUAAUACAGCAGAAUCUAGAAGUACCAUUAGUUAUUGAACUUCCUGCAACUCCAACAUCUAAUAAUAAUUCUAUUUCAAAUAUAUCAGGAACUGAAUCAUCUGGUUCUAGGCGGUCAAAAAGAUUAUUUAAAUCAUCUACUCCUGUUACUCUUCCUACCCCUACAGACCAACUUAUUAGCCCUAAUAUUUGUCUUUCAAAUCCAACUCAAGUAAACAAGAAAGUACCAUUAAAGCAUUUUGAUUUUAAAUGGAAAAAAUGCACUAGUGAAAAGUUUAGUGUUGAUAUACCAAUAAUACAAUCUUAUCCAACUAAUAGUUAUGUCAAAUCUCCUUUAGAAUAUUUUUUAAUUUUUUUUUCUAAUGAUGUAUUUGAACUAAUCGUUGAACAGUCCAAUUUAUACUGUUUUCAAAAAUUUGACAAAAUGUUGGGAACAAAUAUUAAAGAAAUAAAAGACUUGGUUGGUAUUUCAUUAAUAAUGGGAAUAGUAAAAAUGCCUGCAUAUACAGACUACUGGGCUCCAUCUACAAAAUAUGGACAAGUUUCAAAUGUAAUGUCAUUGCGUAGAUAUCAACAACUUAUGAGAUGUCUUCAUUUUUGUGAUAAUAAUUGCCCUGAUGAUUUUGAUAGAUUUUUUAAAGUUCGCAAGCUCUUAGACAUAAUUCGUAACAAUUGUUUAUCUGUACCACAAGGUAAAAGAUUUUCUGUUGAUGAAAUGAUGAUCCCUUACAAAGGCAAAAAGGCAGGAUCUAGAAAACAAUAUAUGAAAAACAAACCUAAAAAAUGGGGUUACAAAAUGUUUGUUAGGGCAGGCAUAGAUGGCAUGGUUUAUGAUUUUUUAGUCUAUUCUGGUGACUGUACUUUUCGUGGUAUAACUUUUUCUCCUCGUGAAAUGAGUUAUUUUGGCUUAGGACCUAGAGUGGUCAUUGCACUAUCGAUAUCAAUACCAGAUAAACCAAUGAGUGUUAUAUAUUUUGACAAUUUUUUUACUACUCCUGAGUUAAUAAGCUACUUGAGAUCUGAGUUUGGUAUAUUAAGUUUAGGCACUAUUAGAAAACAGCAUCUACGAGGAUGUCCUCUAAUUGAAGAUAAAAAGUUAAUGAAACAACCAAGAGGCACUUAUGAAUACCUUUGUGAUAAAUCCAAAAAAGUUAUAAUUUUAAAAUGGCUUGAUAAUAAGGUAGUUAGUUUAGCCAGUUCCUAUACACAGGAAAGUAAAUCGAACACUAACAUUAUACAGCGAUAUUCAAAAGAUGCAAAAAAAAGGGUGCCUGUUCCAUACCCUAAUAUAGUUAAAGAAUAUAACACCCACAUGGGUGGUGUCGAUUUAGCAGAUAUGUUAGUUGCAUUGUACAGAACUGGUUUAAAGUCUCAUAAAUGGUAUAUGUCUUUUUUUUCUCAAAUGCUUGAUAUAUCUGUAAACAAUGCUUGGCUACUAUACCGUAGAGAUUGUGAACUGCACAAAGAAAAAGAAAAAAGGCUUAAAGAAUUUCGACAUGAAAUUGCAGUUGCCCUAACUAGUAAGGACAAACCUCGGCUAGGGCGUAGGCCAGCUUUGGAAAAUAGUAAUUUUCCUGUUAAAAAAAUUCGACAUGAAAUAGCUCCAAGACCGUAUACUGAAAUAAGAUAUGAUAAAACAGAUCACUGUCCUACCUUUACCAAAAAAGGUAGAUGUCGCCAUUGCUCAGCUGGUCAAACUUCAAUAAUAUGUUUGAAAUGCAAUGUAAGAUUGUGUUUGAUUGAAGGACGAAACUGUUUUCAACAGUUUCAUUACAAAUAGUUUCUAAAUGGUUCCUUUUUAUAAGUAUUAUUAUAUAUAAUAUAAUACUUUUUAUUAAUAUUUUAAUACUUUUUUUUUUUUGAUUAUUCAAAAGACUGAAGUCAUCUUUAUUAUACAAUUUAAUAGUUUAAAGUAUAUUACUUAUACUUUGUUGUUAUAGAGCAUCAUAUUUUAUAUAUUAAUUUUAAA